AUGGGCGCCCAUUGCAUCCCCAGCGCCUCAGAGGCCUUGGGAGAGCCUGCUGACAUCACCCCUGCGGAAGCCCCAGCCACGCUGGGAGCAGGGCAGCGAGCCCAAGGCCAGGACGUGCAGAAACCUCUCUCCUCGGAGGGCCUCUUCGGUGUCUUCCCCACGGCUGUGCCCAAGAUGAGAACGCGCUCUAAGAAGAAACUGCUGUUGUUGGUCUCGCUGCUGCCGCUGCUCCUGUUGGUGGAGCGUUGCCGCAGGCGCAGAGCGGGAGAACUCCGGCUCUCAGACUGGUUCCACCCCAGGAACCGGCCUGACGUCCUAACGACCACGGGCUGGCGGGCCCCCGUCAUCUGGGAGGGCACUUUCGACAGGCAGGCCCUGUGGAGACACUACACGGGGCAGAACCUCACCGUGGGCCUGGCUGUCUUUGCCGCCGGCAGGACUGCCGACCAGUACCUGGAACCCUUCUUGCGAUCAGCGAACAAGCACUUCCUGCCCGGGUACCGGGUUGUCUUCUACGUCAUGGUGGACCACUGGUACCAGCUGCCGCACCUGCAGCCUGUCCCCCUGCACACAUUCAGGGUCCUGACCAUCAGCCAGGACUCCUGGUGGCCCGACUGGAACCUCUUGCGCAUGAAGAGCCUGGGCGAAUACAUACUCAGUGACAUCCGGGGGGAGGUCGACUUUCUCUUCAGCAUGAGCGUGGACCAGGUCUUCCAGAACGACGUUGGGGUGGAGAUCCUAGGCACCGCUGUGGCCCAGCUCCACGCCUGGUGGUACUUCAAAGGCAGGAAGAACCUCCCUUACGAGAGGAGGCGCAGGUCCGCAGCCUGCAUCCCGUUUGGAGAGGGGGACUUCUUUUACGAUGGCGCCCUCGUGGGGGGCACGCCCUUGCACGUCUUGAACCUGGUCGAAGCGUACCUGAGCGGCGUGGCCCACGACCAGAAGCACGGGCUGAACAGCACCUACGAAAGAUACCUGAACAAGUACUUCUUCCUGCAUAAGCCCACCAAGCUGUUGUCGCCGGAAUACAACUGGGACGCGGCGCUUCUCCUGCCCCGGCAGGUGCAGUACGUCAAGGUGCUGCAGCUCGCCAAGAGGGGCCUGUGA